ACUUUCUCCUUUUCUCAUGGAUCUCCAGCCAGUUUCUCCUCAUCCACAACAAAACAUGACCAACAACAAUAAACUCUUCUUCUAUUUCCCAUUAAAAUUUGCAAACAAAGACAUCUCUCAUGCAUUAUUUUUUCUCUUUUUACUCUUCUCUUCCAUUUUUUUCUACAAUUUACGAAGCCCACUUGAGCCUCAGUCUCUUCUUGGGAUUGGUUUUUUGUCCAAAAUAUUACCUAAAAAUUCUGAAAAUUAUUCAAAAGCUUGUGAUUACUCUUAUGGAAAGUGGGUUUGGGAUGAAAGUUAUAUUCUUGAUAAAUAUAAUGAGAAUUGUCCAUUCUUGGAUCCUGGAUUUCGAUGCCAGAAAAGUGGUCGCCGGGAUUUAGAUUACCGGAAGUGGCGAUGGCAACCUCAAGGUUGUGAUCUUCCAAGGUUCUGUGCCAAGGAUUUCCUAGAACGGAGUCGUAACGGUCGAAUAGUUUUUGCUGGAGAUUCAGUUGGAAGAAACCAAUGGGAGUCAAUGAUAUGCAUGCUAGCACAAGAAGUAACUAACACAUCCACCACAUAUGAAGAAUUUGGAAACCCCAUAACCAAACACAGAGGUUUCCUCUCUAUGAAAUUUCAUGAGUACAACUUAAGUGUCGAAUAUUACAGGGUGCCUUUCCUAGUUGUUGCCGAUCGACCUCCACUGAAUGCAACGAAACAAGUGCGAGGGGUGAUCAGACUCGAUAAGUUGCACUGGUAUUUCACAAAAUGGGUUGAUGCAGAUAUCCUUAUAUUCAAUGAUGGACAUUGGUGGAAUGAGGACAAGACUGUAAACGUGUAAGAUUCACAAACCAUCCCAAGUGCAUUUAGCAAUUUCCUUUUUGUCAUUUACA